AUGUCUGUUCUUCUUGUCACUGAUGAUAAUGAUGAUGGUAUUCAAAUUCCUAAGCAGCAUGAUCAUCUUUAUCAGCAAAUAAAAGAACUCGAGUAUAACUAUUCACCUUUCGACUCCAUUCGUUCGAUUGUCCGUCGGAAGUACUCGUCGUAUCGUCAGCGGCGCCGUUCUCGGCCGCAGCGAUGUUUGGCGAAAACUUUAUUCACCUACAUGUUAACAUUGCUUUUCCUAACCAAUCAUCUUCACUGGUCAAUUAUGUUCUUUUCCUUUUCUUCAAUCAAAUUCACGUCAACAUACGCAUUACCAAAUGCGAAAUCUGCUCCCCAACAGUCACCUUCCAUAACCAAAGGCGACGAACAGCAAUGUCUACCCAUCAGCGCUCCAUAUAUCGAUCGAAUAUGUUCAAGGACGUGUCGAGCACGAAUGAGUCCGAUCGAAACUACGGACAAUAUGAAUCAAGUCGUGUCCAGUUCGCGUUAUUUACCAUUUUGUUCCAAUCAUACAUUAGGUCAUUCGAUCAAUCAAAACUAUUUAGACAACAACUUAGACGAAAGUCAAUGUCGACAAAUGUUCGAAGAAAUUAUUCGCUUAGACGAAGAAGCACGAAAAGCCCACGAUCUUUUUGUUACAUACUUGAAAGCUAUCGAUUCCGCAUCAGACGAAAAUCGCUACUCCAUCAUCGAUGACGAUUGUCAAGAAGCAUAUCGAACAUGGACUUGUUCAGUCAAAAUUCCAUAUUUCCAUCAAAAUCAACUUAUACCGCCUUGCCAAAAGAUCUGUGAUGAAGUUGAGCGUGUGUGUCCCACAUUUAGGCCGAGUGAUCGUGAACCAUUAUUUGCUGGACAACCAUUGUUCUUUUGCAAUGGUGGUAUUGUGACAAACAGUAAUUACGGUCAUCGACCACAUUGUUUUGACACAUGCCAUUUAACUGAUGAUUUGUCUCAACGUCAUUCCAUCUCAUCAACAACAUUGCCGUCGUCGAAAGCAUCAUUAGCGAUGGAAAAUCUCGAAAUCAAUGCGGGUGCAUCUUCAUGUUUUGAAAUUCGUCCCAUCGUACCUUCUUCAAUACCACCAGAUUUAUCAUUGUUAUCUCUCAACGAGUCUAUUUCUAAUUAUACGAGGAAUGCAUCUACAUCUGGUUCAGCUCUAUCGAUCAUCUCGUCGGCAUAUUCGUCCAUUCUGGUCAAUCUUUUGACUUUUAUCUUUGUUCUUCUAUCGAAAAUCCUACAAGAAUAUUCAUCAUGA